UUGUUUAAUGAACAGAUUUUGUUUUCAAAUUUGCAAUUCUUAAUAGUCCUUUGUAAUAAUAUUAGAAAUAAUUAGAAAUAAACAUAAAUAUGGCCUUUACUUUAUGGACGUUAUUCGAAGCAACUCUCUUAUGUUUAAAUGCCGUCUGUGUCUUACAUGAAGAAAGAUUUUUGAAUAAAAUUGGUUGGGGAGCGCAACAAGAUAUCAGAGGCUUCGGAGAACCACCAACAAUUAAAUCUCAAAUGCUCAAUCUUAUCAGAUCCAUCAGAACUGUGGCAAGAAUACCAUUAAUAUUUCUCAACAUAAUAGUGAUGAUCUUUAAAUUAGUAGUUGGAUAAAUGGCUACACGAAAAGCAGCUUGUACAUAAAUUUAUUAAAAUAAUCAUCAAUAAAAAUAAAAAUUAAUUUUUUAUAUCAAAGUCUGAUGAAAUAAAUAA